GUUUAACCGAACAUCCAUUUGGCAGUUUCAUUACAGCGUAAGGGAUUUAAACCUGUUCGAAAUGUCGUCUUAUAAAUUGUUUCUAGUGAAUUUGUACGUUAUAUUUUUGUCUUCGAUAGUUGUCGGUAGUGGAUUUCAUAGCAUCCCUUUGAAGAAAGUCAAAGUGAAGCAAGCAUUACCUUUUCGUACCGGAGCAAACAGGUUGUUCAGAGGGAGAUUUCCAAUGUCUCUAGAUCUUAUAAAUUUCAAAAAUUUACAAUAUUAUGGAAUUGUAUCUGUUGGAACCCCGCCACAAGAAUUCAAUGUAUUAUUCGAUACGGGUUCCGAUCUGUUCUGGAUUCCGUCUAUCAACGACUCAACAACAUGUGGCAGUGCUGGAGACCAUUCUCAGUUCCGAAAUAAAAAUUCACGAACUUACCAAAGCGCUAAUCAAAAGGUUUCCUAUCAGUACGUUAAGGGUCACCUAGACGUUGCUCUGGCCAAGGAUACGGUUACGGUUGGAGAUAUAGUGGUACAACAACAGCUUUUUGGACUCAGCCUUCGGGGCGAUUGCGAUGGACAAACUUUCGACGGGAUCCUCGGGAUGUCGUUCACUGCUAGCGAGGAAAGGACCACUCUCUUCGAGAACAUGAUCAAGCAGAAUCUUCUUUCUCAGCCUAUAUUUUCGUUUUACCUUAACAGGAAUGUGGACAGUAACAGCGGUGGCCGGUUGAUCAUCGGUGGAUUAGAUCCCAACAACGGAGGAAACAACACGUUUGACGUUCAUAAUGUAGUGGAGGAUUCACAGUUCUGGUCUGUAAGGACGGAUGAGAUUAGGUUAGGAUCUUACACAAUUUCGAAAAGGAUCCAUGCUGUUCUUGACACAGGAACUUCAUUGAUAAUUGCUCCAACAUCAGCCUGGCAAGAAGUUCUGACCACCUUCGAAAAAUACGAUGUGGAAAUGGAUGAAUCUUCCUUAUUAGUUGUCAAAUGCAGCAAAAUUGACCAACUACCACAGAUAACUUUCGUAAUAGAUGGCAAGUCGUACAGUCUGUCAGGAAGGGACUAUUUGUUAACAAAUUUACAAACUAGUGGAUAUUGCUUAAUUGGAAUAAGCACUGCCAACAUUAAUAACGAGUGGAUACUUGGUGACAUAUUUCUUGGAAAGUACUAUACCGUAUUUAAUUACAAGGACAGGACGGUUUCUAUAUCUUCCCCUGGGUCUUCAAACGUACCAAGGGGCAAAAACCAGAGCAAAUCCAAGAAUAAUGGCGCUUCAGCAAAUUCUGUUUGGAUUCCAGGAUUGGUCUUAUCUCUGGUUUGCUGCUUGGGUAUUUUCAGAAAAAAUAUUUAAAGAAAAAAAAUCCAUAUCUAAAUGAUUCAAUGUGUGUGCCACAAAGACUUUCUGAGUCAAAAUUGAAUUGACAAAAUGUUAAAUCCACUUAAUUCAAGAGAAUUUCUUAAUUGGCAUAAUUUAAGGCCCUUUCUGGUGGAUUUAAUAAGAAAUUUUUAUAACAUUACUUUUAUAAUACUGUUAAUUACUGGAUACUGAUGCCAUAGAAAAUGUUAUUGUAGUGUGUAUUUUUUAUAACUAUAUAAAUGAGAUUCAACUAAUAUAUUAAAUGAUAAAUCAAAAUAAAUAAUAAUAAAAGAAAAACAGAAUAAGCACACCAUCUUACUGUUUAAGUCAAAGAGAUCUGUUUUAUCAAUUUUCAUAUAUCUAUUACUUAGUAAGAAGAAGGUAUUGGCUUAAUAAUAUUUUGUUUUUUAUGUCUUUCA